AUGGAGUCCCCCUCAGCCCCUGCUCACAGACGGUGCGUCCCCUGGCAGGGGCUCCUGCUGGCCGCCUCACUCCUAACCUUCUGGAGCCUGCCCUCCACUGCCCAGCUCACUAUUGAAUCAGUGCCGCCCAAUGCUGCCGAAGGGAAGGAAGUGCUUCUCCGUGUCGAUAAUCUGCCUGGGUUUCUUGGAGGCUAUGUCUGGUUCAAAGGGCAAAGUGUGGACAGCAACCAUCAAAUUGCAUCAUAUGUAAUAGAUGCUCAAGAAAUACACCCAGGACCUGCAUACAGCCAACGAGAGACAAUAUACCCCAAUGGAUCCCUGCUGUUGAAGAAGGCCACCCUGAAGGACACAGGAUACUACACUCUACUAGCCAUAAAAGGAAAUUUUCAAGGUGAAAUAGUAACUGGACAGCUCCACAUAUACCAUGAUCCAACACUACCAAGUCCUGGCCUCUUGGAUGGGGCUAUUGUUGGCAUCGUGAUUGGCAUCCUGGCUGGCGUAGCUCUGAUAGCAGCCCUGGUGUGCUUCCUGUAUAUCAGAAAGACUAGAGGGGCCAAUGACCUGCAUGGCCUCCAAGAGCACCCACCUCCACCGGCCACCACUGGACAGGGUCCCACUGGAACCUCUGCCUUCCUGCUAA